AUGUGGAUCACCGCCUCUGAGCUGGCAGAGAGGCUGACACGAGCUUCAGCGGGUCAGCUGCACGCAUCGGAUCCGCAAUUUUCCACAGCCAUCAUCGAUGUGCGUGACGACGAUUUCGAGGGAGGCAACAUUGUCGGCUGCAGGAAUGUGCCCAGCCGAAUCUACAGGGACAGCGUCAAGGGCGUGGUCAGGGACGUGCAGCAGUACCCCCUUGUCGUCUUUCACUGUCAGCUCUCGCAGUCCAGAGGACCAACCGCAGCGCGACUUUACAUCGACGAACGAGUAUCGCAACUCGAGGCUGGCAAGCUGAAGCCCUUGCGGGAGCCCAAGGAGUCGGAUGAUGAGAUUGGAAAGUGUAUCGAGGGCGGUCAAGAGAUUCGCAUCUUGAGGGGCGGCUUUUCUUCCUUUGGGGAAAAGUACAAGGCGAACCCUAAGCUCGUCGAAAAUUGGGAUCAAGAGUCUCAGGAUUAUCGAUGAGCCGCGCGCGGAUGCAUGCCAUCGAGAUGGCCUUGCGAUGGAUGAUGCCCCCUCGCGGCGUGCCACUUGUAUUUCGUGCUCUAGCUCUAGAACCUCAAGAUGCGUCUGGCCCAAGCCGAGCAGGAGCAGGAUCUUCCACAUACAUUCUGCGGCCGGCGUGUCAUUCGGGAGGCAUGGGGCGUCAGUCGCCACCUGCACUCGAUUCGAAGAGCGUCACCUCUCUAUCUUGCACCCCAAUAGUACCCGCUCGUGGAGCGAUAGGAGAGUCAAUAAAGUGCUAUUGACACCGCAAAGCCACAGAGACAAGUUCGCUCGAGCGCUUGCUCUUAUUCGAACUUGGGCUAACGAUGCGUCCGGCUCGCCGGUGCUCUGGAUUGUGGAUGGGUUGAGCAUGAUUGAU